AUGAACAAUGUCACGAAGAACCAGAUGAUGGGCCAGGUGCCGUCAGACGUAUACAACCAGAUGUACAACCAAGCCAUACAAAUGGGAAACAUGGGCAUGGGUCCCGGCUUGCCGGGCGUGGCACCAAAUUCAUCACAAAGUACAAUGCCAUCUGGUAAUGGAAUGGUUGGACCUCAGGGCCAAAUUCCACCAGUACCCCCAGGACUAGCUCACCCACACGCUCUGCUUGGGACUGCCGCAAAUGGAACAGCAAAUGCUCCCCAAAUAUCUGGUCAAAUAUCUGGUCAAAUAUCUGGUCCUGGCCCUGGCCAAAUUUCUUCUGGCCCCAUGUACUAUACCCAAAGACCAGGAAUGCAGCGAGCCACGUCGGUGCUGGCAGCUACGCCGCUGAGUGCCACAAGAAUGACUUUCCAGACCCUGGCACCGGGAACAAGAUCAUCUGCCAGCAAUUCUCACGGACAUACGCCGCAACUAGCGUCCCAACCACAACCGCCAUACAAUAAAGUACCCACUAUAACUCCGGUAAUGGCUCCGCAACAGCAACCCACUCCACAAACAGGCCGUGCUCCGCCAACACCGCAAAACCAUAGCCUGUCGCCGCACCCAGAAGGCCCAGCUCCUCCUCCUCCGCCGGCGAUGCAAGCGGCCCAGGCCGAACUCAAUGCCAAAAUUUUCCGCCGGCACCUUGGAAACGCUGCUGCUAUCCGGCUCCUCGAUUUGGUGGAGUUUGUGCUGAACGAGCCGAUAAGCCACUUGGCUACUCCAGGGUUCUGGCUUCAGGUUGUACAGACCCAUAUGGCUCCCACAUCGGUGGUUCGAAUCGGAGUGGCACCUUCAUUUUCGGCUAAUAGUUCCUCCAAAUCUGAUUCUACCGGUCCUAUGACAAUGCUCCGCCAACUAGGGCGAGGAGUCGAGCUUGCAUCGGCAGUGGUGCCUCGGUUCUUGUCGGCAUGUUUCCUCGAAGCCGCCCAAGCCAGCCGUACGGGCAACUCCACCUCAAUCGAUAAGUUCACUUUGGCCAUUCCAGGACUCAAAUUCCAAGUUCUCAACCUGGGCUCCAUCUGGAUGGUGUCACGGUUGACCAUGGUUUACCACUACAGCGAUGGUUCGGUGUUGACCAUCGAAGGCACCACCAAGCUCACCAUGAGUCGCGAGUUCCGCAUCGAAUGGAUCGACACCUCGUUGCUCUCCCAUUCGGCCACAUUGACCAUGAAAGCGGCAGAAUCCAUUCUGGGCCAUCUGAACCAAUUGAGCCAAUUUUCAGCGCCUGGAGCCGUUGAAACCGCAGGUAUGCCCGAAAAUGCGGUGCGUGUAGCCCAGAUCGGCGAUACCAUGGCACAUCUCCGGCUUCUCAUGAGCUUUGCAACUGCAAACAAUAUCACUUCGCCGCAAAAAGCACUUCAUCUUUUCGUGUCGGCUGCAAAUCAAAAGAAUUCUUCCGACUCCGACUCGCCCAACGGCGAGCGACGGACUUGA